AUGAGUUACUUUUUAAAAUAUGUUGAAAUUGAUAAUUUUAAAUCAUAUAAAGGUCAUAUUAUUAUCGUUUUAUUACGAAAGUUAACGGCUAUUAUUGGACCAAAUAGAUCUGGUAAAUCCAAUCUUAUGGAUGCUAUUAGUUUUGAAUUAAUUCAUGGUGCACCGAUUAAUAAAUCAGUUAGUAAUCGUGCAUCAGUUUCAUUAAUAUUCGUUACAAUAAAAACUGAUUGUCAUGGUGAACGUACUGAACAUGAAAAACGUUUUCAACGUUUAAUUGUUGGUAAUGCAUCUGAAUAUCGUGUUGAUGGUCAUCAAUUAUCAGCAACUGAAUAUACUGAAGAACUUGAAAAUAUGGGUAUUAGUCCCAAAGCAAAAAAUUUUCUUAUAUUUCAAGGACAAGUUCAAUCUAUAGCUAUGAAAACACCAAAAGAAUUUACAGCUAUGUUUGAAGAAUUAAGUCGUAAUGAUGAAUUACGUGAAGAAUAUGAACAAGGUAAACAAGAAAAAAAUAAAGCUGAACAAGAUACACAUGCAAAUUUUCAAAAAAAAAAGAAAGGUGUUGAAAAACAAAAGAAAGAAGUUCGAUUAGAAAAAGAAGUUGCACAAAAAUAUGCAGCAUUAAAAAGACAAUAUGAUGAACUUCAAUUACAAUUAAAAUUGUUUCAAUUAUACCAUAAUAAACAAGAAUUAACUGAAAAAUGUCAAAUAGCUGAUAAGAAACGAAAAGAAGUUGCAAAAUUAGAAAAACGAAAAGAAAUAUCGAAUGAUGAAAUCAAAGAAGCACAAAUUAAUAAGCAUCGUCCAACAUAUUUUAAAGUAAAAGAAAAUUCAACUCAUCAUCAAAAGAAACUUGAUCUUGCAAAAAAAACUCUUAUUGCUGCUGAAAAAGCUCAUGCUGUUCAUGAUGAUGAAAUUGAAAAAUAUGAAAAUGAUUUAUGUGAAGUUGAACGAUUGAAAAAAUAA